AUGGCCCCUCUGUUCGAUGAUACCAAAGCAACCAAACACGUCAAUGCUCAGCCUCAUCCUAUCAAUCCCCAAAGCGACGACGAGAUACUUUCCUUAGGCAAAGGUGAAAUCCUUGGUUCCGAACAUGUCGACUCGAUCCUUAACGCAAAGAUGCACUUGGUGAACAAUGCCAUUGAUGAAAUUGGCUUCACGGGCUACCACUGGAAGCUGUUUGUUCUCAAUGGUUUUGGUUACGCAGUCGACAGUUUGCUUCUAUUGGUACAAGGAAACAUUGCCUCGUAUGCCGCUAAAGAGUUUCAACCAUCGUUUCCUAAAGGUCUCACCAUCGCCGCGUAUGUUGGCAUGUUGGUCGGCGCCCUCUUCUGGGGCCUGUCAGCAGAUGUCAUUGGCCGCAAAUUCGCUUUCAACUUCUCUCUUAUGAUCUCUUCCGUCUUCGCCAUCGUUGCAGGUGGUUCUCCAAACUGGGUUGUCCUCGGUCUGUUCAUCUGCUUAUCUGCUUUUGGCAGUGGUGGCAAUCUUGUACUUGACACGGCUGUCUUCCUCGAAUACCUCCCUAGUCAGAGUCAAUGGUUGAUCACUGCCUUAGCUGCUUGGUGGGGUGUUGGACAACUAGUUGCUGGGUUAUUCUCUUGGGCUUUUCUUCCAAACUACUCUUGUGCGACCGCUGCGACAUGCACUCGUGCGAACAACAUGGGCUGGCGCUACGUCUGGUUUGCCGAUGGCUCCCUUGUCUUGGUCAUGUCUCUUGCCCGGAUUCUCGUUAUUAAGCUUAGAGAAACACCGAAGUUUCUGAUCGGUGAAGGCAAGGAUGCUGAAGUGUUUGACACUCUUCAUUUUAUUGCUAACAAAUACAACCGUCCUUGCAGCUUGACACUAGAGCAGCUCGAGGCAUGUGGUGACAGUCAAGCGACGUCUACUUCACAUGCGAGAUCGAGAUUUUCGCCCAUGGAAACCAUCGUCCACUGUCGCGGUCUCUUCGCAACCAAACGUAUGGGGCUCUCAACAUCUCUGAUCUGGUUCUCCUGGCUCCUCAUUGGUCUUGCCUACCCUCUUUACAACGUCUUCCUGCCCACCUACUUGGCCACUCGCGGCGCAGAGUUUGGUGAACAAUCUCAAUCCGUCUAUUGGCGCAACUAUGCCAUUGCCAAUCUCUGCUCCAUUCCUUCUCCAAUCUUGGCAGGAUAUAUGUGCAGGAGCAAAAUCUUUUGGGGCAGAAGAGGAACUAUGAUUGUUGGUGCUCUUAUCACUAUGGCUUUCUUCUUUGCGUACACUCAAGUCCGUAAUAAUGCUCAGAAUCUUGCGUUUACUUGCUGUAUCAGCUUUUGUUUGAACAUUUACUAUGCUACACUCUAUGCCUACACUCCCGAGGUAUUGCCCUCCGCUCACCGCGGAACUGGGAAUGGUAUUGCUAUUGCAUGUAACAGAGUCAUGGGCAUCAUCAGUGCAGUCGUCGCCACCUAUGCCAACACCAGCACUCCUGUCCCCAUCUACAUUUGUGCUGCGUUGUACAUUGUCAUGGCUUUGGUAGCUGCUGCAUUCCCAUUCGAACCGAUGGGUAAGAGAAGUUCUUGA